CUUCGUGUUAAACGAAUGCAGGUUUCUCUGCAGCUAGCCUAGAAGAGUUCUACGCAGACGAGUUACCUUUGACCCAUUUUGAAUGUUGACCGGAGUAGGCUAUAAAGUACUGAAAUAAGUCGUUUUAAUUUGGACGAUCAUACUUGAUCAAACAUGUCUUGCUUCUGUUAAUGCAUGCUGCUUGCAGGUCAGUCGAAGUUUUCAAUGAUAAAGUUUGUAAGUUUGAUUCCCUUAGUUUUUUUUUAUGUAGUAUUGCAGCUGAGGGUUUGUUUUUGUUGACUGGCUGCAGUUGCAACAUGACCUUGAACCUGUAGACUGUUUCCCUGACAGCGCUGCUGUACGCCAAGGCAUUACUGAUACCGUAUCGAGAGCCUUGGGUGACCCCGAGGUCAAAUCAGUGGUGAUAUGUGGACAGAAUGGAGUCUUCUGCGGUGGUAGGGGCCGACAUCCGUGAGUUCGCCAAACCUACCAUGGGCGGCCCUCCCCUGGUGCCCAUGAUGGCUGCUAUCGAGGAGGGAGAUAAGCCCGUGGUUGCCGCAAUAGAGGGAGUGGCGCUCGGCGGAGGUCUGGAGCUGGCCCUCGGCUGCCACUACCGUAUCGCACAUUCAAAGGCUCGACUUGGUCUUCCAGAGGUGACCCUGGGGCUUCUGCCUGCUGCGGGGGGAACCCAGAGGCUGCCUAGGCUCAUAGGGGUGGCAGCUGCCCUGGACCUCAUCACCACAGGGCGACAUGUAACUGCUCAACAGGCUCUGAAGCUGGGGAUGGUCGACCAGGUGGCUGAGCAGAACACUGUGGAGGCCGCCAUACAGUUUGCCAAACAGGUUGAAGGCAAACCGCUGCUGCCCCGUAAGCUGAGCCUGCAGCCGACCGCCUGCCCCCCGGAGGUGGACACCCUGCUGGAGGAGGCCAUGGCCCAGGUAAAGCGGCGCGCGCGGGGGGCCAUCGCCCCCGUGGCCUGUGUCAUGGCGGUGCGGGCGGCAGUCACGCUGCCCUACCAGGCGGGCAUGCAGAAGGAGCAGGAGCUGAUGUCCACCCUGUUCCGCUCCAGCCAGGCGCGGGCCAUGCAGUACUGCUUCUUCGCCCAGAGAGCCGUCGGCAGGUGGAAGCUCCCCGGUGGGGCGCACAGCGUCAACACUAAGCCCCGACCUGUCACCAAGGCAGCCGUUAUAGGCCUGGGCACCAUGGGCAGAGGCAUUACCGUGGCUCUCGUCAAGGCAGGCAUCGCUGUCGUCGCCGUGGAAACCAACGACAAGCAGCUGCAGACGGGAAAGCAGAUCGUGUGCGAGAUGCUCAAGCGAGAGGCUGAGAAGAGGAAAGAAACCCCUCGUCUGGACCUCGUCCACUUCACCACCAGCCUGGCGGAGCUGAAGGACUCUGACCUAGUCAUCGAGGCCGUGUUUGAGGACAUGCCACUGAAGAAGCAGGUCUUCAAGGAGCUGUCAUCGGUGUGCAGAGCCGACGCCUUCCUCUGCUCCAACACGUCUGGCUUAGACGUGGACGAGCUGGCCUCCGUGACCCGGCGGCCGGAGAUGGUGGUGGGCAUGCACUUCUUCGCCCCGGCCCACGUCAUGAGGCUCCUGGAGGUGGUGUGUGGACGCGGCUCCUCGCCCGAGGCGGUGGCCACCGCCAUGCAGCUGGGCAAGAGGCUGGGCAAGGUGAGCGUGGCGGUGGGAAACUGCUCGGGGUUCGUGGGUAACCGCAUGCUCAAGCCCUACCUGGAGGAGGCCAACUUCCUGCUGGAGGAAGGCGCCACGCCGGAGCUUGUUGACGCGGCGCUGGAGGAGUUCGGUUUCGCCAUGGGCGUCUUCAGGAUGUCCGAUCUGUCUGGCCUGGAUGUCGGCUGGAGGAUCCGGAAGGAGGCCGGGCUGACUGGCCCCGACGUUGACCCCCGCGACCACCCACGGAGGCGGCAAGGCAGGCGGUACAGCCCCUUGCCCGACCUGGUGUGCGAGCAGGGCCGGCUGGGCCAGAAGAACGGCCGCGGCUGGUACCUGUAUGACAAGCCCGGGGGACGCGUCGCCACUCCGGACCCAAGCAUCCACCGGUUCCUGGAGGACUACCGCCUCAAGCACGCCAUCAGUCCCCGGCACAUCGACCGACAGGAGGUGGUGGAGCGGUGCCUGUUCGCCCUCAUCAACGAGGGCUUCCGCGUCCUGGACGACGGCAUCGCGGCGGGGCCGGAAGACAUCGACAUGAUCUACGUGUUCGGGUACGGCUGGCCGCGGCACAGAGGCGGGCCCAUGUUCUACGCCGCCAUGGUGGGGCUGCCCAAAGUGCUGGAGCGUCUGGAGCACUACCGGCAGGCCCACCCGGACGUGCCUCACCUGGAGCCCAGUGCUCUGCUGCGGAGGCUGGUGGACAGCGGCAGCCCCCCGAUAGACACCUGGAGGGACUUCCUCCAGCGACCGCACAGCCAGCUCUGACGGAGAGAGGCUACUACUCUGACAAGCUCUCACAAGGCAAAUGUGUAAUUGGAACAACUACAGAAAUAAUGAUGAUGAUGACUUUACAAAGGUGUGACUGAGAGACGCUAUUCUUGAGAAGCUCUCACCCAACAAAUGUACCAAAUGCAAUUAGCAAUAACAACCACAACAUUUAUUAGGAUAUAAUUCUUGUGACUUACAAAAAGUCACAUUGUGAGAUUGUCACUGGAGACUUCCUACAGUGACCAUACAGUAACCCACCAAAUAUUUCAUAAAUGCAACUACUAUGAUGACUACUCUAACCAAACAAAAUGUGCCAAAUGUAACCAAUAAUUAAAACAACAACAACAAUAAUCAAUUAUUAUGAUGAUGUUAAAUAAUGAAAGUGAUAUUCACACACGGAGAUAUAACAGAAAACAGUCCACUCAAUCUUCCUUUUCUAUCCUUGAUAUUUAAGGACAUAAUCCCUAUCUACACUUGUAUGAUUUAAACAUUAAAAUAUAACUUGUAAACUAA